AUGCGUAUCUUCUCUGCUUUGAGCAGCCUCCUUCUGGCCGGAGCUGCUCUCGCCCAGAGCUCCGACUGCUCGCCCAAGUCUGGUGAUGUCCAGACCCUUCAGUUCGCCUGGGCUCUCCAGCAUCUGUCCGAACGGUUCUGGUCGUCUCAAUCCCUCAACCAGACCUUCCUGAACAAUGCCACCAACGCCUCCCAGGCAAACUACGAACCCAACUUCAAGGGCAUCACCCGUGAGAACCGUCUGGGCAUCCGGGCCGUGCAGCAGGUUGGCAACGACCUCUCCAACUUCACCACUCCUCGUUGCAACAUCACCAUCCCGCAAUCUCAGGACGCCAACAGCUUCCUCAAGAACGCCCUGCAGGUCGAGCAGACCGUUGCCGGUGGCCUCAUCGGCCUGGCCGCCUACACCCAGUCUCCUGAGGUCGCCUUCCUCCUAGCUCGUCUGGCUGCCCAGCACAGCGCCCAAGCCGCCUACCUCGGUACUGAGACGAACUCCACCUUCUUCCCCUCGAACAGCACCUCUUUGAUCCCCGCCUAUACUCCAGACCAGAUCCUCAAGACCGGUAAUCAGACCGGCCAGCUGGGUACCUAUUUCAACAAGUGCGUGACUGCGCCCUCCGGCCCUUGUGGCCAGAAGGUUAACGUCGGUCCUCUGGUCGCAACCCUGAACUCCACUAGCACUGGCGGUGGUACUUCUAGCUCUGCAUCCCCCUCUAGCACCGCCACUGAGACUUCGUCGGCCUCAUCCUCGACUAGCACGUCGACGGCCAGGAACAGGAAGUACUUCUAA